UUAAUUUCUUUAAAUGUGGAAAAAAAAAAGAAAAAAAAUGGAAAUUAAGUGUAAAUAUAAAUAUAUAUAUUUAUAUAUUAAAUAGUUUUAUUAAAUUAAUUAAAGAAAAGAAAGAAAAGAAAGGACAAAAAGAAGAAAAGGAGAAGAAAAUUUCAUUUUCUCUUUUCUUCUUCUUCUUCUCUUCCCUUCACCGCCAAGUUUGAAGACAUCCAAGUUCCCUUUAUUUUUUUUUUCUUUUUCCUUCUUCAAUUUGCAGAGAACUUCUAAGAGAGAGUUUGGAAGAAGAAGAGAAAUUUUACUAGAAUUUUUAGGUUGAAGAAGAGGAGGAGAACUCAAGCAAAGUGUAUCAAUGGCUGAAUUUUAGUUCAUUCUGCACAUCACUGGUUUUUAAUUCGGUUUGAACUCUUCAAAAGGAAUUAAGAGGAACAAGUUAAAGAGGUCGUGUGCGCGCGAUUCUGGAAGUGGUUCUGUUUUGAGGGUUAUAUGUGUUUAUGCACGGAGAAUCAGAUUUAUAUGUCUUCAGGCCGAGAAGAAUUAAACCGAGCUUAUAGACCAAGGAUCUAGCCCAAGACUGUGAGUGACAAAACCAACUUUGAAAUAUUUUCCAUAACUGUUAUUAUGAUUGAAUGCGAUAAAUGUUUAUUUACGAAGCCAUGAAAGGUAUUUGAAUUUCAUGACUAUUUUCAAGUAUACAUUUGGAGACUAGAUUUCGUAAAGAAAUUUAUGCUAGCACGUAGAUAUUAAAUGUUUGGAAAGUAUUUAAACCACAAUAUUUUAAGCAAAGCAUGAAUUAGUAUGAAGUUUUGUUUUAAGAACUACAAUUUUCCACGAAAGAGCUGAGUAAAGUUCGAGCUUUGUGUAAAAUUUAUAAGCAGGCAUGUUUUAAUAUUUUAUGAUGAUUUAUGAAAUUUUCAUUAACUACAUGACUGAGAUCUUGAGCCUGAGGCUAGAGAUUACCGUGUGCACACUGGUUAGAUUUCGUUGUUGACGUUGAGUGUACUCCGUAACAACGAUGCUGUCGUGAGUGCUGGGCGGGCCCCACUACGACAAAGACGAUGGGAGUGUUGGGCGGGCCCCACUACAUCGUAGUGCUUGUAAACUUUGUUGUACUAGGUGUACCCUACACAACGUAGAUUCGUCAUGUUAGUUAAAAUGCUUCGAUAUACUUGAUAUGCCUUGCUAGAUUUCAAUGAUGAACAUGCUGAGUAUUUAAGGAAGCUAUUCUUACUAUUACACAUUUACAUUUACGACUUGUAUAAACAGAUUUAUAUGUGUAAAGUUUUCACGUGCUCUUAUCUUUAAAUUCAUAGUUUUAAACUGAGUCACUCACUGAGCUCCAUAGCUCACCCUUUCCAAAAUGUUUUACCCAUUUUCCAGGUAGAGAUCGACUUCCCGGUGCCUGAUAGACUGCCUUAGUCUGCGGAAGCUUCAUUAUCGAUUACCAGUACGUGUUUUGAGUUGGGCAUAAAGUCUGUUGUGUUGUGAUGUAUUCACACCCUUGUAUGUUAUAGAUACUCCACAGUUUGUAUAAGCUUUAGGAGCUGUAGUUGUGUAAAUUUUGUUGGUUAUAUUUUGAUUAAGGUGUCUUUAGGUUUACUCGUGAAAUUGGUAAAUUUUGAGGUACACUUCAUGUAUGUGUUUGACUAGCUGUGUUUGACUAGCCUAGGAUCCGAUGUGUUUUGUGGCAUGUACAAUAGUUUAUAUACUAGAUUGGCAAGUUCAUCACAUGAAAGUUUUAAGCAGAGUCGACAGAUACAGGUACAGAAUAACGUUGUUCAUCGGCUUCACGCCAUCUUUCAGUCUAAGGUAGCAGGUAGUCCGGGAGGGGGUGUGACAACUUGGUAUCAGAGCAGUUUGCUCCAUGGGAAUUAAGGUAGAGCGGUUAGCUCUAAGAAGAAACUGGAAAGUAAAUAAUUGAACGUCAAGUUAGCUUAAAGGGAACUAGUGGAGUAUGGUCUAGGUAAGGGUAGAAGUGAGUCCAAUUAUUAUUAAUACGUGAGUAGACAUUUAGUAUCAUGCAUUUGAGUUAAGUAUUUAUAGUAUGUCUAAUGUGUUGACAUAUUAUAGGAGUCAUGCCACCACGUACUGGUAGACGACGCCGGCAGAAUCAGGACGGAAUGCAAGGUCCUACCCAAGGUCCAUCUGUAGGGGAAUCUAGUACCCUAGGAGUUCGAGGUGGUGCAGGAAACGAGCAGUUUGCGAGAACAACACAGGAAAUAGGAAGGACAGAUAGAGCAGAGCCUAGUGAUCCAGAAAAGGCAUACGGAAUUGAACGGCUAAAGAAGUUAGGGGCUACAGUGUUUGAAGGUUCCACAGAUCCAGCUGAUGCAGAGAACUGGUUGAAUAUGCUUGAAAAGUGUUUUGAUGUGAUGAAUUGUCCUGAGGAGCGAAAGGUUAGAUUGGCCACAUUUUUGUUGCAAAAAGAGGCUAAAGGAUGGUGGAAAUCUAUAUUAGCAAGACGCAGUGAUGCACGUGCUUUAGACUGGCAGACUUUUAGAGGCAUAUUCGAAGAUAAGUAUUAUCCCAGCACAUACUGCGAAGCCAAGAGGGAUGAAUUUCUGGGGUUGAAACAAGGAUCACUUUCAGUGGCUGAGUAUGAGAGGAAGUAUACCGAGCUUUCACGGUAUGCUGACGUUGUUAUAGCUUCUGAGAGUGACAGGUGCCGAAGGUUUGAAAGAGGGUUGCGUUUUGAAAUACGUACCCCAGUUACAGCCAUUGCUAAGUGGACGAAUUUCUCUCAGUUAGUGGAGACUGCCCUUCGUGUGGAGCAGAGUAUAACAGAAGAGAAAUCGGCAGUGGAGCUUAGUCGUGGGACUUCAACAGCUAGUGGAUUUAGAGGCCGUGAGCAGCGGAGGUUCACGCCUGGGAUAAAUAUUUCAAGCCGUCAAGAUUUUAAGAAUCGCUCUGGAGGCCAAGCAUCGAGGAACGUGAGUUAUGGUAGUGUUUUUCAGAGACAGAGCCAGAGAAUACCUAGUCAACCCAUUAGAUCAACAGUAAGAUCGCAACCAGGUCAGGAGUCCAUUGCUAGUACCGUCAGGCGAAUACCAUGCACGAGUUGUGGCAGGAACCAUCGGGGUCAGUGUUUGGUAGGUGCCGGUGUAUGUUACCAGUGCGGACAGCCAGGACAUUUCAAGAAAGAUUGUCCGCAGUUGAACAUGACAGUUCAGAGACAUCAGGGAGUUGGGUCCCAGACAGUUGAGCAAUCGAGAGUUUCAGUGGUUCCAACAGAGGGCACCAGUGGUGCAAGGCAAAAGGGAGUUGUUGGAAGACCGAGGCAACAGGGAAAAGUCUAUGCUAUGACUCAACAAGAAGUAGAGGAUGCACCAGACGUUAUUACUGGUACGAUUCUUAUUUGUAAUGUACCUGCAGAUGUUUUAUUUGAUCCAGGUGCUACGCAUUCGUUUGUUUCUAGUAUAUUUCUGACUAAGUUGAAUAGGAUGCUAGAGCCUUUAUCUGAGGGGUUAGCUAUAUACACUCCAGUUGGUGACGUUUUACUUGUUAAUGAGGUGUUACGUAAUUGUGAAGUUUUAGUAUAAGGUAU